AUGACUCAAUAUAAGACAAAUACAGCAGAAAGACAUAUUCAGACAGGUACCGGAAAACAGCAUGAUAGGAAUGCCGCCAAAGGGAGAUAUCUCGAUAAAGACAGAGAACUCGCAGAAGAAAAUCUUCUCGGUGGCAUGAUAAGAGGAAAAAGAAUCUUUAUAGACGAGUCAAAGCAAGAGAACAAUAAAAGUCACCAUGAGAAAAAAAAAAAAAGCGCAAUGACUCGAACGCGAAGCAUCAAGAAGCUGCAGGAAGGAGAAGACAUCAUCAUGAGAAAAUCACGCCGGAGAAAUCGUCAUAAGGGGGCAGAAGAUAAGGUCAUCUUUAUAAGGAUGCAUGAAGAAGUGGUAUUUUCAUAG